UCUCAUGGACCUGGAGAGCCGCCUGGGCAAGAGCGUGUUUUUAUCCCAGCUUGGGGACAUUGUACUUGACCACUGCCCCGCCUUCCGCACCCACUACGUGCCCUACAUUACCAACAUGAUGUACCAGGAGGCACUUAUCAACCAGCUGUUGCAGCAAAACCGUGACUUCGUGUCAUGUCUCGAGCAGCUCGAGGGCGAGCCGGUGUGCCAGAGGCAGCGUCUUAAGUCCUUCCUUGUCCUUCCUUUCCAAAGAAUCACUCGUAUUAAGCUCAUUCUGGAGAAUAUCCUAAAACUGACUGAAGUGGAUUCAGAGGACGUGUCCUAUCUUCACAAAGCAAAGGAGGCCAUACACGGGAUCGUGAUUGAGUGCAACGAGGGGGUCAAAAAAAUGAAAGUCAUCGAGCAACUGGUCUCCCUCGAGAUGAUGCUGGAUUUUGGCAAACUGAAGGUUAUCCUUCAUUUUUCUUUGUCAGACUGAUGAAACAA